AUGGCGGACACACUGAAUCCUCUGCUUGGGAGCCUGGCAAAGGACCCGAAGGCCACGGAGGACUUCAGCAAAGAGGCUGAGGAGCUCUUGGCCCGCGUCGACGGCAUGGCCCAGGCGGGGCGCCUUGAGGAGGCGGUGGAGAUGCUGCUGGGUCUGGAGAAGAAGACGCGGCAGGCGUCCGAUGGCCUGUCGACCUCCAAACUCGUGUGCAAGAUUUGCCAGCUCUAUUUCGACGCGAAGGAGUGGGCCAAGCUGAAGGAGAACAUCAUCACCUUGCCCAAGGCACCUGAAUUUUUCCUUAUCAUGGAGAUCCCCGUGGUGGCUACCGCAGGCGCGGCUGCGUCUGCGUACUACUACAACUUGGAUCGGUUUAAGUUCGAUGCCGAGCAGAGGCAGACCUGCAUCUACCAGGUGCAGAGCAUGCGACUGGCUCAGUGGGGGCUUUUCCGCGAAGAUGUCCACGAUGUCUUCGGAUUAUCGACGACCACCAUGGACAACUACAUUCUGGUAGGCGCCUUGAUCGUCACCGCGGUCAUGAACUUCAUAUUUGUAGGCUAUCCGGCCUUUCCCCUGGAGCCGCGCUGGCUGCUGCUCAUGUGGAACAACUGCGUCUUCGCGUGCAUCACUUUUGGCAUGCUCUGCGUGUGGCUCGGAAUGCAUGGGUCCAUCGCCCAGCGCUCCGCGAAGGUGAAGAUCUUGACUCAGGCCGUGCGGCCACCCGUGCCCACGCUCAAGGACAUCCAGGCGGCCACCCGGGCGCAGGAGAAUUUCGAGGCGGGAGGUGGGGGGCGCUUCUUCCAACCCCCAGCCUUCGUCGUACCUUUCGACACGGAGCACGAGAGCGUCCCCCAAGUCCGGAGCACGGCCUCGGAGGGCCGCACGGUGCCUUUGCCCUCCUCGGCCCAGCAGCGCAAGGCCAAGGCCAAGGGCAAGAAGUCGGCAGCGGUGGACUGGCUCGGGGAUGCGCCCUACGCCAGCGAUGAGGUCCUGAGACAUCUCGAGAACUCGGACAACGGUGGUCCGGGCCGCAGUGCUGUGAUGCAUUCGCACUUCUGGAUGCUGCGGCGCGUCCAGAGGGGCUACUGCUGCUUCGACGCCUACGCGCGCAUCUGCCUGCUUGUCGCCGCCCAGCAGAUGCUUAUGGUCUGCAGCUACUACUCCCUGGGGCAUUUCAUGUCAAAGAUGGAUCACUGGCCGGUUCGGGGCCAGAACCCAGGGGCGGCCUGGCUCUCUCUGAUUGCGGGCUCCGUCUCCUCUGCCACGCUCUUCCGGCUGGACCUGUUUUGUGGCGCCAGGGAGCGGCGUCUGGUGCGUCUUGCCCUGCUCCUCCCGCCUCUCUUUGCAGGCAUUGCGAUCCACCUGGCCGCAGCACGCACCAACCAUGGCAAGGGCGGCGUGAAGCCGUGCGACCAGGUGAUCCCUGCUUGGCUCCCCUGGUCCCUAGCGCUCUUGUCCUGCGUGGGCCACAUGCUCUUCAUCUUGGUGGUCCUUCUUGUGGCCUCGCCGCUCAUAGAAGGCUCCGGCCUCCCUUUGAACUUCCGGCCCACCAUCUACCUGGACAUCUUCGGCUGGCACAACAGGCACUUCAGCGCCGCGGCCGUGCGCAACUCCGUGGCCGCCGCCCACAAGUGGGAGAACCCCGAGGGCGUGCUGUAUGAGUCCAUCAAGCGGCGUCCGGACCGCAAGUGCCUCAUCACUGCACACCAGGAGGCCAAGCGCCUCUCCAACAUCCUGAGGCAGCUCCUGCGCUCCGAAGUGGCGUCUGAGAUGUCCAAGGAAGAGAGCGACGACCUCAAGCAGCUGGAGCUCACGAUGGAGGACCGCCUCCAGGAGCUGGAGAACCAGAUGUGCCUCCCUCCCGGGCGCGCCCCGGAGUGGGAUCAGCGGGCCCCCGCAUGGCUCCAGUCCACCUUCCUGGACGGAACCAGCGAGGAGAUCUACUGGGUGAACUGCAGGGCGGGCCAGGUCAGCUGGGAGAUGCCCGAGGUCGGGCAGAUUAUUGAUAUGAAGCGGCUGAGCACGUCCCUAGAGGAGCUGCAGAUCCGUCUCGGCUACGACCGCGACCGCUUCCAGGUCUCCACGCUCGCUGAGGAGUCCUUGCCCUUCGAGCUCAUGCCUGAGAACCCAGACCUCGAGAGCAGCAGCAGCCGCAUGCCCUGGAAGUGCCUCCAGCUGGCAGGCAUUUCGCAGCUGGCCGCCUGGGUUCUCACCAUCCUCCUGAUUCUGUUCUCUCCCAAGUACUACGACUCCAGCCUGGCUCCCCGGGAGAUGUUCGACCGCACAGCGCUGCAUCGUGUGCAGACGGAUUGGCCCCACGAGCACUUCCGACCCUCGGCUCUUUCCUGUAGCGCCGACGGCCGGCAGCUGAUGCUGGGCGACCAGUUCGUCAUCUACACCGCCGACCUCGAGGUUCUCGGCCAGCGCAAGGAGGAGAGCUCUCAGAGCAUAGUGGGCGAGACACAGGCCGAGGCGCCCGCGCCGCUGAAGACGGUCACCCUCAAGGCUGAGAUGUCGACUUCUGCUUUGGAGAUGUCCUGGUCCAGCUUCGGCUUCCUACCGGAGAAGCGCAAGCUGCUCCUCCUGAACCAAGAGGGCACGGCUUUGGAAGAGUACUCCCUUCGAAGCCACCGUCACGUGCGCAGGUGGAGGCUGAGCAACACACUACCCUUCAAGAGGCUGGAGGCCAUCCACGUCGCCGGGGCCGAGGAGUCCGCGCAGUGCGCCACGGAAGGCUCUGGCUUUCUUGAUCGCGGUUGGAUUGUCUUCGCGUCCACCGACUCGGGUCAGGUGGUUACCCUCUGCCCGACUUUCCGCAGCGAGCUGCAUCCCUUAGACAUGGUGAUCUCUCUGCGACGGCGGAAGGCAGCGAGGGAGGUCGUGGAGGUCGUCGAUUCGCACACAGGCACGGCCAAGGCCAGCAGCCUCAAGAUCAUCUCGGUGGUUCCGGACGCCAGGACCGGCUACCUCUGGUUGCUCCAGACGAACACAGAAGGCAUGGCCGAGGUGGCUGCCUGGGAUCCAGCCCACUACCGCGGUGAGGAGGUGGGGCGCUGGGUGCUGCCCUCCGGCCGGUGGUGGGUGUCGGGGAUGUGCAACUUGGGAGAGGGGCAAGGCUUCCUCCUUGCCGCGGCCGCGGACACCAACCGCGAGAGCCACAGCUCCAACGCUGAGCUGUGGCGCUUCAACCCCUCGUUCUGA